UUACCGCAAAGCCUUAUACGGCUACUGGGCUUGGCCAACUCAUCAAGAAAACCUCAAAGAAAGUGCGAAGCAUUUUCUAUUUUCAGCAAUGGCACAGAGUGGAGAAGUUGCAAUCGGUUUCGAAGGCUUGGAUGCGGCCGGCGAGACCCCGGACCAAUCUAGCUACACUGUGAAAUUCUCAGCUAGCACGCCAGAGCCAGAUGUUAAUGAGAAAUCUGAGGAGAUUGUCUUGCUAGAGAAAAAGGGGGACUCGUCCAAGGCUGAAGAAGACCAAAACGGCAACGAGAAGGUGUGUAGCGAUCAAACUGUCUUCUUUGAGGAUGGAGUGAGAAGGAUUGACUUUGUGCUGGUGUACCAGCUCCAGGUGGAGAAGAAAGGAGGGUUUUGUAAGAAGGACACGGAGGACACUGAGGAGCAACAAGACAAGAGAGGAACCAAGAGGGACCGCUUCAUCGAGAGCUGCAAGGAAAUGGGACUCGAGUUUGAACUGCAGGACUGUGCUGAGUCUCCUGACCGCAAGUCGUUCUACUACAAGGUGCACGCCACUCACAUUGCACUGUUGAAGGGAGCUGAGGAGUUGUUCCUGCGUAUGCCCAUAUCUGAGAACAACCUGAAGGUGUCCUCUUGGAGGCAGAGGUUCUUUGACUACAUCAAGGUCCGAGAUCCAAUGGACCCCAACAUACCGAGUCAUCUAGUGAGGGACGUCUACUUCACGGCACCCUUCAAACUGGAGAGAAAGGAAAGCUUCCUCAACUGGGAUGAUGAGGAAAAGUUUUUCACCAACGCCCAAAGAAGUACCAUUGUGUGGCACAUGCUACAGAAUGCCCGCUAUGGUGAGGACAGUGACCAGAUUGGUAUCCUUCGUCUCACCCAGAACAAGACCAUCAGCACUGCCUACCCCCUGCACGAGAGCUCGUACAAGUUCAAGAAGGACGACGACCCUGCCACCAUGACCGACCGUCAGUUCCUCAAGAGCCAGUGGUCCUCUGGUUGGGCCUGGUACAAGAAGCAACCGCUCGACCAGAUCAGGCGCUACUUUGGUGAGAAGAUUGGCAUCUACUUUGCAUGGCUAGGGUUCUACACGAUGUGGCUACUCCCUGCUUCCCUCGUGGGGCUCAUAGUCUUCAUAUACGGACUCUCCACAAUCAACACCAUUGACUUCCGCAACGCCAUCGCGAAUGCUACUUGUGACAACAACAAUCGCUACGAUCUCUACAUGUGCCCUCGCUGUGAUCGCCGGUGUGCCUUCUGGUUCUUGACCGAGUCUUGUCUCUUCAAUUAUGCCUCUCAACUCUUUGACAAUGGAGCCACGGUCUUCUUUGCCAUCUUCAUGUCAUUCUGGGCUGUGCUGUUUCUGGAGUUCUGGAAGCGCAAGCAGUUCUACCUCCAGUUUGACUGGGACGUGCUCGGCUAUGAAGAGACUGCAGAGCGUGCCAGGCCCGAGUUUGAGCAGAGAAUCAAGAGGCACAUCCGUUCUUGCAAAACCGAGAAAGCCAAAGAGAAGUUCUACAUCUGGAACCCUGUGCUUGAGACGAAAGAAUACAUCCAGCCUCAGUCCUGGCUUGUGCCCAAGCUGCUCACUACCUUCUCUGUGCUAGGCUUUAUGGCUGGUAUCGUGAUCGCUGUGACUGUGGCUGUACUUGUGUAUCGUCUGGUCGUUGCAGCUGCUAUCUACGCUGUCGUGGCCAACAUUAGCGGUGGUCCAACUGUUGGUGACAUCGUUGUCUCCGUUAGCGGUGCUGUUAUCCAGCUCGUCACCAUCAUUAUCAUGAACAGAAUCUACGAGUGGUUGGCCUACAAGCUCACUACCUGGGAGCUUCAGCGAACACAGACAGAAUUUGAGGACAGCUUCAUUGUUAAAAUGUACAUUUUCCAGUUCCUCAAUUUCUACACCUCUCUCUUCUACAUCGCCUUCUUCAAGGGAAAUAUUUCGGGUUACCCUGGCAACUACAACCGUCUCGGAGGGACUCGUCUUGAUGAGUGUGCCACAUACGGAUGUUUAUUGGAGCUCACUAUUCAACUGGCCAUUAUUUUCCUGGGCAAACAGAUUCUCAACAACGUGGUGGAGAUCGGUGUACCCUACCUCAAGCGUUUCAUCAACUGGUUGAAGCACAAGGAGGAAACUGAUGAGGAUGUUUACGCUCGCUGGGAGAAGGACUAUGACCUCAUUGAGCUAUCAAACCACGGCCUCUUCUUUGAAUACCUCGAACUGGUUGUCCAGUACGGCUUUGCUACCCUGUUUGUGGCUGCCUUCCCCCUCGCCCCACUCUUUGCUCUCCUCAACAACUAUUUUGAGAUCAGGAUCGACGCUCACAAGUUUGUGGUAGUGCUGCGUCGUCCAGUGGCAGAGAGGGCUCAAGACAUCGGUGCCUGGUUUGGGAUUCUCACUAUCGUCUCUCAGAUGUCAGUGAUCACUAAUGCGUUCAUCAUCGUGAUUACGUCUCAGUUCAUACCUCAGGCGGUCUUCCAGUACACCACCCCCGAGCCUGUCAGGUUGAGCGAGUAUGUGGAAUGGUCUCUCUCUGAGUUCCCCAUCACUCAGCUGGUGGAUGGCGACGCUUUUCCUUCGUACAAUGCUCUAAACAUUGACCUUGCUGAUCACAAUGGAGACGAUAUCGAGUCAAAUGAUGCUGAACCGCUUAAGUUCAAAUAUCUACCUUUCGUCGACCAGGACUGUGUUCGAAUGAUAAACAGCUCUGUUCGAAUCGCCAAUACUACAGUGAGGCCUGGCUCCAACACUACUGCCUAUGGUUUCCUCAAAGAAGACCCCAUAUUCCGUGAGAUCUACAUGACCUCGGUGUUUAACUAUACUGGCCAGUGUGCAGAUGCUGAAAGUUGUAAUACUAUCUCUCCACGGUCUGACAGUCAAGGAGAGUGCUACCGAAACCAAACCUGCAAGUUCCGUGGUUUUGCCAAUGCUGCUGGUCAAGAUGAUGCUCAGAGUCUCAAGUAUUGGCAGCUGCAAACUGCUCGUCUCGCCUUUGUCAUCGUAUUCGAGCAUAUGAUCUUCGUGAUUGCUGGAAUCCUGGCCUUCCUAGUACCUGAUGUGCCACAGAGUGUCAAGAACGAGAUACAGAGGGAGAAACUACUCGCAGCCGAAGCUCUCAACGAAGCUCAGGAGAAAUCAGGCAUUGUUAAUAAAACUGCGGCGGAGCUUGAUGAGAGGAAUGAUAGUGAUGACGACAAUCUCUGACAAUCAGUACAAAAUGACAUUCUUAUCAUUGACUUGUAGUGAAGUGAUUGUGUGAAGUGAACAAAUUUGUAGUAAUAGUUAUAAUUAGGUAGUGCUGCUUGUCAGACGUCUUUAGGACGUACUUCUACAAUUAUUAUUAUUAUUAGGCUUUUAAUCUGGCUUAUAAUUUUAAGUCACUCAGAUGUGAACAAUUUUUAGUGCUUGUUUUUCCCCCAAAAUAUUGUCGAUGUCAUUAUAA